AUGUCCCGUCAAGUCGCAUCCCAAGCCUCCCGCCUGGCUUCGCGGGCCAUUCGCACUUCGACACCUCUCUGCCGCUCAAGCUUCCGUCUCGCACCCGUCGCAUCACGUAUCCACCUUCCCGCCCGCGCUGGUGUCCUGCGAAGCUAUUUCUCGACCGCUCCAGCCCGUACGCGGGGUAUCAUGCCCGAUACCGAGAACCCCGCCAAGCCUUUGGAUGAGUCGGAGGAUGUCCAGCCGAGCGCUGCUGUGGCCGAGCUGACCGACGGCGAGUACCACGAGCUUGCCGAUGAAUACCUUGAUAACGUCGUGGGCAAGUUCGAGGAGCUCCAGGACGAGAGGGAGGAUAUUGAUGUCGAGUUCUCGUCCGGUGUCCUCACCAUCAGCUGGCCCGACAAGGGCACGUACGUCAUCAACAAGCAGCCCCCAAACAAGCAAAUCUGGCUGUCGUCCCCCAUCUCGGGCCCCAAGCGCUACGACUGGUGCAUCUUUGGCGAGGGCCAGAACGAGAAAGAGGGUACUGCCGUCGGCGACUGGAUCUACGCCCGUGAUGGUUCGAGCCUGAACCAGGUCUUCCUUGAAGAGCUCGGAGUCGACAUUGACGUGCCGGGCGAGGAGUAG